AUGGCAAAUAUACAACUUCAAGUCCUAUCGGAUCUCCACCUGGAAUCUCUAGAUGCCUAUGAUAUUUUUAGUAUCGAACCCAAGGCCCCGUUUUUGGCAUUGCUAGGCGACAUUGGAUAUGUUAAGGAUGAGGGGUUUGUUCCGUUUCUCCGCAGACAGCUGUCCAUCUUCCAGGUUGUCUUUAUGGUUCUAGGAAAUCAUGAAGCCUACCAUAGCAGUCGGACAGAGACAAAGUCUAAUUUGGAACGUUUCAAAGAGGAACUAGAUGAGGCGUCUCGGAGAGGUGAGGCGCUUGGGAAAUUUGUUCUGCUCGACCAAACGCGGUACGAUAUCUCACCAACACUUACCAUUCUCGGCUGCACAUUUUUCUCUUAUAUCACCGAAGAACAAAUGGAAAGUGUCAGCUUUGGUCUGAACGAUUUCUACCACAUUCGCGAUUGCGCAUGCUGCGGAUAUUUCCUGUUGAAUGCUGAAAUUGACUCGAUUUCGCGCUUGGAGCCUGGCCGAAAAGCCAUCAUCUUGACACAUUAUUGUCCAUCAACGCAUGAAGAAGUCGUCGACCCUAGACAUAACAACAGCAAACUUUCUUCUGGGUUCAUGACGGACCUUUUAAAUGAGCAGUGCUGGCAAAGUGAAAUUGUUACACUCUGGGCCUUCGGACACACCCAUUUCAACUGUGAUUUCCGAGACGUAACGACAGGGAAAAGAGUGAUGACAAACCAGAGAGGCUAUUACUUCUCACAGUCUACGGGAUUCAAUGCGGAAAAGGUGGUGGAACUGAAAGAUACCUAA